AUGAAGGCGGCUACCUCGGCCCUCCUGCUGGGCGCCUCGACGGCCUUGGCCCACCAGGACCAGCAUGUCCUGGGCGGCCACAACGUCCCGGCGUUCGACUACAACCAUCUUGUCAACACUGCUCCUGAAGCGGCCAAGCCCAUCGUCGACGCCGUCAAGAAGCCGUGGGAGGCCAUCGAGAAGGCCCUCGGCGACGUCCCUACCCAGGCCAAGGAUCUGUGGGACGAGAUGUCCCUCCUGGUCCCCGGCUUCAUGGAGAAGGCCGCCAACAUGAUCUCGCACCCCAAGCCCCACACCCGCCGGCCUGACAGCCACUGGGACCGCAUCGUCAAGGGCGCCGACAUCGAGAGCAUGUGGGUCGAGACCGAUGGCGUCAAGCACCGCAAGCUCGAGGGCAACCUUGAGGCUUACAACCUGCGCGCCAAGAAGGUCGACCCUUCUGUGCUUGGCGUCGACGAUGUCAAGCAGUACAGUGGUUACCUCGAUGAUGAGGCCAACGACAAGCACCUGUUCUACUGGUUCUUCGAGUCUCGCAACGACCCCAAGAACGACCCCGUCGUCCUGUGGCUCAACGGCGGCCCUGGCUGCUCGUCUAUGAUGGGUCUCUUUAUGGAACUCGGCCCCUCGAGCGUCCAGAAGGACGGCACGCUCAAGCGCAACCCGUACGCGUGGAACAACAAUGCCUCCGUCAUCUUCAUCGACCAGCCUGUCAACACUGGUUACUCGUACAGCAGCAACCCUGUCUACAACACCGUUGCCGCUGGCAAGGACAUCUAUGCCCUCCUGACCCUCUUUUUCCACGACUUCCCCGAGUACGCCAAGCAGCCUUUCCACAUUGCUGGCGAGUCGUACGCCGGUCACUACAUCCCUCAGUUCACCCACGAGAUCCUGUCCCACAAGAACCGCAACAUCAACCUCCAGAGCAUUGCCAUCGGCAAUGGUCUGACCGAUCCCUUCACUCAGUACGCCGAGUACCGCCCCAUGGCUUGUGGUAAGGGUGGCUACCCUGCCGUUCUCUCCGAGAGUGAGUGCCAGUCCAUGGACAACGCUCUUCCCAGAUGCCAGAGCCUCAUCCAGGGCUGCUACGACUCCGAGAGCGUGUGGAACUGCGUUCCCAGCGCUAUCUACUGCAACAACGCCAUGAUCGGCCCCUUCCAGCGCACUGGCUACAACGUCUAUGAUGUCCGUGAGAAGUGCAAGGAUACCGCAAACUUGUGCUACACCGAGACAGCUUGGAUUGCUAGCUACCUCAACCAGAAGAAGGUCAUGGAUGCCAUUGGCGCCGAGGUCAACGACUACGAGAGCUGCAACACCGACAUCAACCGCAACUUCUUGUUCCAGGGUGACUGGUCCAAGCCGUUCCACCGCCUGGUUCCCAGCAUCAUCAAGCAGAUCCCCGUCCUGAUCUACGCUGGUGAUGCCGACUACAUCUGCAACUGGCUUGGCAACAAAGCCUGGACUGAGGCUCUUGAGUGGCCCGGCAAGAAGGCCUACAACUCUGCCAAGCUUGAGGACCUCACGGUUGACGGCGACAAGUACGGCAAGGUCAAGACCAGCGGCAACUUCACCUUCAUGCAGAUCUUCCAGGCUGGGCACAUGGUCCCUUUCAACCAGCCCGAGGGCUCUCUGGACUUCUUCAACCGCUGGAUCGGUGGUGAGUGGUACGCCUAA